CAUUUGAGUAAGUGUCUAUGGGUAAAUCUUGGUGGGAGUUGGGAGUUGGAAGUAGAGUCAGAUAAAAGAGCAAGAUUGUUAGCCAUUAAUAAGUUGGGUUCGGUUGUAAGUGUGUUCUCAGAUCCGGAAAGCCUCGAGAGAUCAGAAGGUUGUAAAUCGACUGCUGAGGGCCCCGAUCGAUUUGUUGUUUUUUGGGGUAUGGUGUUUUGUCUACUUUGUUGUAAUUAUGUUGUAAGAGCAAUUGGAGUAGAAGUAGUCAAAGAUGCUUGGUUAGAAGAGUGA